AUGGCCGGGCUCUGCCGCUUCCCCUCCGCCCCCGGCUUUAAGGGCGGCCGUGGCACCGCGCACCAAUCGCGCCUCCUUCCCCAAAAGCCGCAGCCCGGGGAGGGCACAGCCGCUGCCUGCGCCGGGGGGAAAAGGGGGCCCGGCGUGGCCUGGGCCUCUGCAGGGCAUCCCCGGCUCUGCUCCGGGCACAGCACUGCGAAGGAGCGCGGAGGGGAAAGCCCUGAGGGCUCCGGGCGUUCGGGGCCCGCGGCUGUCGGUGGCACCCCCGGGCAGAGCCGCUCCCGGGGCUCCCCCCUGGCACACACAGCCCGGAGCCAAGCGGUUUCCACGCCGAAAGUCCUCCCUGCUGUGGCAGAGCAGCAACGCUGCUCACAGGUGUUUGUGCUUUCAGGUGCAGCUCACGCUGACGUGGAGCUCGUGUCCUCCCUGGCAGAAAAAAUCUCUCUGUUGGAGCAAAAAGUAGAGGAGCAAGCACGAGAAAUCCAGCUGAAGGACAGCAGGAUUGCUGAGCUGGAGGAGAAGAUAAGCACUCUUCAGGAAGGAGAAGAUGCUUCUGAGCCACGUGCCUCAGCAGAGCUGGAAGCGAGGUGCCUUCAGCUGCAGAGGCAGGUCUGGGAGAUGGAGCGGUUCCUGGGUGAUUACGGUCUGGUUUGGGUUGGAGAGGCACGGGAGGACAUGGAAUCUGUCCGGGAUGAAGAGGAGCUGCCAGCAGGGAGCCUCUGCAGGCCGGGUGAGGCCGUGGUUUGCAAACAGCAGAUUGAUUUUGAUUUAAUCCUGGAGAACAUCAAGGAUUUGAACUCGCUGGUGGGAGAGGGCGUUUCUCAGAUCGAGCACACGGCCCGGGGGGCUCGUUUGAGGAGAGCAGAGCCCCUCCCUGUGACCCUGUACCAGAAUGGGAUCACCGUGGGACACGGAGCCUUCCGGCCCUACCAGCACCCAGCCACGCAGCAAUGCCUGCAGGACAUCAUGGAUGGUUAUUUCCCCUCGGAGCUGCAGCCUCGCUACCCCGACGGCGUCCCCUUGCAGGUCACUGACAGGAGGGACGUGGUGUUUCAGAAGCCAGACCUUCCCGGGAGCUUUCCUGGCCCUGGCCAGGUGGUGGGCACUUCAGAAUCCAGCAGAGUGCAGGAGACCUCCGAGAUCCCAGGUGCCAAAGCCCCCUGGGAGCAGGCUGCCAAGGAGCUUUCCCAGCCCCUGAAGCGCAGAGGGAGCGCGGGCAGUGCCCGAGGCACACAGGGCUCUGAUGGGCAGCAGGGCAGCAAGGAAAUCCUGCUGGAAGCACCUGGGCUGGCUGCCCUGGAGAGGGUGAAGCCAGCUGAGGAGGCUGCAGCCCCCGGGUUCUGCACGCUGCGCGUCAGGUCCGAGAGCGGCGAGCAGACGUACGAGCUGAGGAUGCUGCUCACGGCCACCAUCGGGGACCUGCGCCAGCACCUGGCCCACAUCAGGGGUGGAAACUCGGACUAUGAGAUCAUCAGCACCUUUCCCCAGCGGGUGUACACAGACAGCUCCAGGAGCCUGCAGGAGUGCGGGCUGGUCCCCAGGGCCUCCCUGCUGCUGCGCAGGAGAGACCCCUCCCAGCAGCAGGGCAGGGGGCUGCAGCCAGCCUAGGAGCUGCUCACCCCAGCUCUGCACGGGGAGGGAGCUGCCUCUCACCUUACCCGUGGGGAAAAGGGAGAGGUUUUCUUUCCAGAUUCGGUUUCAGUGUGGCUGGAUGGAGAAGAGCUGCGAGCAGCCCCUCCCUUUGGCAGAGGAGCCAGCCCAGUCCUGCUGCCUCGCACUGGCUGCUGCUCCCCAGCACAGGGGCUCUUCCACCAGCCCACCCGGGCUCCAGGCCUGGCUCCCCAUCUCUGUGCAGGUGCCACAGGCUGCCCGUGCCCAGGGGAGCCUGCCAGCCUCACCCCAGCACUGGGCAGUUGUUAGCUGUGCUCAGGGCUGGAGCAGCAGGAUGGACACACAGCCAGGGGCACUUUGCUCCCUACAGACCUCACCUGCACUGGCAGCAGGGCACACACAGGCUCAGGUCUGUGCUGGAGCUAACCCUGAAGGCCCUGAGCCAUCGCAGCGCUGGGGCUGAGCCAGGCUCGGCUCGGCUCGGCCGGGAGAUCCUGCUGCUGCCUUUCCUGUACGUGCACAGCUCCUUCCCUUGGACAGCCCCCAGCUGCAGCGGGGCCCCGGCUCCAGCCUGCCUGGAGGUACCCGCCCUCCUCCUCCUCCUCCUGCUGCUGGAUGCUGCAACAGGACACCGUGUCACUGGAGAGCAGCAGAACCCCUCUCUGCCCAGCCCUGAACAAAGCAUCUUCCUGCCUGGCCCGUGGGCUGGGGCUGCACUUUUCCCUUUCCCUUUCCCCAGCACAUUCUUCCCAUUCCAGCUGUGACAAGCUCUCACUUGACUCCCAGCUGACAACACUCCCACUCAGGCAGGGCCUUCUGGCAGGUUCCCUCUUCACAGAGCCAGCCCUCAUUAAAGGCUCCCAAUAAAACCCUUCAUUCCAGCUGCACUUUCCACUUCCUUCAGCUUCCAAAGGCUGUGGAAGCCCAGAGCUCUUCCCAGAGCCCUCUGCCCAGAGCUGCACGACUCAAACUCUGUGAGCAGCGACUCAACCCACCCAGCUCUCCCUCAGCUUCCUCCUUUUUCCACCUGUAGCAGAUUCAGGAGCAGCAGUUUCCCCUGCCCCUCUGCAUCCUGGUCCAGGCAAUCCUUGUGCCAAAGGUUUGUUUUCCACUGCCACGUCUGGCUGAGGCUGUCCCUGCCCCGGGCUGCCUCUGUGACCACGCAGAGGAGAGGAAUGCUCUGGUGCCUGUCCCUGCUGUGCCCUAGGACAUUCAGACACGUCCUGGGAGCCUUUGAUUAGCAGCAGCAAUCUAAGGUGUUAAGAUCUUUGUGUCAGCCUGCAGCAGCAGGUACAACCCACUCAGCUGGAAAUGACUCACAAUCCUUAGGUAGGGUGAUGUUUAACCUGUAGCCAAAAUAAAACUGAAUUUAAAAGAAAUGCAAGAGUAGCGCUGUGAAAGGUACAGUAACAUUUAAUAGCAUCUCAGAAGACAACACUGGUUAUAAACUUGCUUUUUGGCAGGAAAAACAAAAUGCACUUGGUCCAGGAUUGCAAAAAAAAAGCCAACACAAAGAGGAAAGAUGGGACAGCUGGAGCAUCAGCUGUUCUGGGGCAGCCCUGAGCCAUUAAUGCUCCCCAGGGAGCCUGGUCAGGGUGGAGAGUGGCCAGAGCAGCAGAUCCCACUGCCAGCCCCACCCAUUCCCCAGGCAGCCUUCGCCCCCAGCUCCACCGAGGUGGGCACUCACACCCAAAUUCUGUGCAGUAUUUUUGCAUUAAAUUAAGACAAAAAAAAAAAA